AUGGACCCCGGCUUGAAGGAGUGGAUACAACAACAUACCGCAUCCAAUGUCACAGAAAAGUUUGUGCAGACGAUAUGCAAUAUAGCGCGCGUGCAUGCAUACGAUCCAGUGAAGUUCACUAAGAGCUGCAUGGCGCUUGGCAAGUUUAAGGGGGAGGAGAAGUUCCUGCAUGAGCUGCUAGUAUCCCUGCGGAGUACGCAGGAGGAGCGCACAAACACCACGGUGAAGGCUGUCCUUGACGGGGAGCGCGUGAAGGGAAACACAUCCAGAAACUUGGUCGCGCUGAGCUUCGAAGAUUCGGACGACGAACUGGAAACAGCACUGGAGCCGGACCAGAGCUUGGGGAGCGGUGGCCAGAAACAGAAACCGCUGAGAUUUAAGCGACUUGACAAGGCAGCAGCAAGGCAGCUCAAAGAGUUUGCAGAGGGUCGCAGAGAUCAGAAGAGCACGCUCGAGCAGGAUGAUCACGGCGACAAAACGGAAAAACUGGCUUUUGUGCCUAAGCUGACAGCGAUAGCGGAUGAAGACCAGAUUGCCACUCUGCUGGCCGAGGAUCGCGCCGAGGGUCCUGCACCUCUUGGCACACAAGAGAGCGCCGCGUUUGGUCCCGAGGACCUCGAGGAAGAUAGAGCCUGGUAUAACAGCGAUGAUGAAUCUGCGAUCAAGACUACAGCAAAUGAGGCAGACGAUGCUGCAGCUCAGAUGCACAUGUCUACGACGUCAUCCGCCAAUACCAGAGAAAGCGAAAGAGUACGAAUUACAUCUAUACCGCUCGCAGAGCGCCCUGCCGUGAUACCACCUUUUCUGAAGGCUUAUAAGGAUAAGCGUGGGGAGGAGGCAAUCAUAGGCGCACUAGAUAAUACCCACAUGCAUGAUAGUGGGAUGAUAGAUCCGUUCAAGAACCCAGAGAGUGAAUUUUCGGCGAAUGCACGCAGAGGGAGUAGGUUAGUGGCUAUGAGAAGGCUACAAAAGGAACGAAAAGAGCAUUCUGCACAGACUGCAGCCAUAGUGGGUACAGUUGUUGGCAAUGUCUUGGGGGUGAAGCAAAAUGACAAUAAAGGAACUUGUGAUAAGACGUCGAGUCAGGUUUCAAGACAGUCCUUUGAAGACAUCCAGGCCCAGCGCCGCACGCUGCCUGUUUAUGAAGUAAAAUCACAGCUGUUGCAAGUCAUACGUGACAAUCAAGUUACUGUGAUUAUAGGAGAAACUGGUUCCGGUAAGACUACACAAUUGGCGCAGUAUCUGCACGAAGAUGGCUUUUGCCGUUUGGGAAAACAAAUAGGCGUAACACAGCCGCGAAGGGUAGCCGCAAUGUCUGUUGCUGAGCGUGUUGCUCUGGAGAUGGGUGUGGAACUAGGAAAGGAGGUUGGGUAUGCGAUUCGGUUUGAAGAUAAAACGUCCGCUGACACGAGAUUAAAGUUUAUGACGGACGGGAUCCUCCUGCGGGAAACACUAAUAGACGAUCUUCUUGAAAAAUACGCUUGCAUUAUCAUGGAUGAAGCGCAUGAGCGCUCGCUCAACACUGAUGUGCUUCUCGGCUUCUUCAAAAACUUGUUGACCAGAAGAAGGAACUUAAAAUUAAUUAUUACUUCUGCAACUAUGAAUGCCUCGAAGUUCUCUCAAUUCUUUGGAGAUGCACCUCAGUUCACAAUACCUGGUCGUACGUUUCCGGUGCAAAUUAACUAUACAUCGUAUCCAGUCCCCGACUAUGUCGAAGCUGCGGUACAACAAGCUGCCAGUAUACACCUCUCUACUUCACUCUUAGGGGACAUUUUGAUAUUUAUGACAGGCCAAGAGGAUAUUGAAGCAACCUGCGAUGCGCUCAAGGAAAGAAUUGUCGAUAUGCGUGUCAAAAGAAAGGGAUCAAUUAUGCAGGAUAUUUUAGCAGAUGUGGAAAUAUUGCCAAUAUACUCCGCAUUGCCUGCAGAUAUCCAAGGGAGAAUAUUCAACAAGUCUGAUGCCAAGAAGCGUAAGAUAGUGGUUGCUACCAACAUAGCUGAGACCUCUCUGACGAUCGAUGGGAUCAAGUACGUCAUAGAUUGUGGCUAUUCCAAACUUAAAGUGUACAAUCCAAGGAUUGGACUAUAUAAUUUGGCCAUAACUCCAAUAUCAUUGGCCAAUGCGCAACAGCGGUCUGGUAGAGCUGGUCGUACUGGGCCCGGUAUUGCCUACAGGUUAUACACAGAAAAUACUGCCAUAGCUGACAUGCAUCCGCAAAGUAUUCCGGAAAUACAGCGUACUAGUUUGGCCAGUGUCCUCUUGUUAUUGAAGUCGCUUGGAAUUGAAGAUAUAUUUAAUUUCCCAUUCAUGGACAGUCCUCCUUCUGCGACACUGAUGACUUCAAUGUUUGAAUUAUGGACACUUGGCGCCUUGGAUAACUUCGGUGCUUUGACAGAGAUGGGAUCGAAGAUGGCAAAAUUCCCUCUUCAACCUUCUCUAUCGAAGAUACUGCUGCUCUCUGCGAAGUAUGGAUGCAGUGAAGAAAUGGUAACAAUUGUUUCUAUGCUUUCGGUGCCGCAAAUCUUUUAUAGACCAAAGGAGAGGCAAAAAGAAUCAGACCAGGCUCGUAACAGGUUUGUGGUCCCCGAAUCAGACCAUCUAACUCUACUCAACGUUUUCGUUCAAUGGAAGGUGCACCGGUACUCCCUCGACUGGUGUCGUAAAAAUUACUUGCAAUAUCGCUCCCUCCGGAGGGCGUACGAUAUUCGAGAGCAAUUGAUCCGUGCGAUGUUAAAGGAGGAUGUACCAAUCAUUUCAAGUGGUUCUGGGUGGGAUAUUUUACGAAAGUGCAUAUGUGCAGGGUAUGUUCAUCAGGCCGCUAGGAAGAGUGGUUUAAAUCAAUACGUGCAUUUGAAAAACGGCAUGGAGUUAAAACUACACCCCACCAGCGCCCUGGCUGGAAUGGGUGAUCUACCGCCAUAUGUCGUUUACCAUGAACUACUAUUGACAACAAAAGAGUACAUUAACCUUGUUACCGCCGUUGAUCCAUUUUGGUUAAUGGAAUACGGAGCUUUAUUCUAUCACGUUAAAUUCAUAUCAAACCGUGAAGUAUAUGGGCUCUAUCCGGAAGAACAAGAUCAAGAUGGUGAACCAGUCUCCGAAAGUUUGGCUAACAGAGUUGUCGCCUGUGAGCAGAACCGUGAACUGCUUGUUACGCAACUUCAACAGGAUCAAUUGAAGUUCAACAAUAACAGUACCGAAGCAUCUACGAAACGUGGUGGUAACAGUAGCUCGUCAGUACGAAUAGGGUUCAAGAAACGGAAACCAUUAUAA